UUCACGCAGGCUUGCAGUGGUCGAAGAUGGGCUCGUGAAGACUUUUUGUUUGUUUGUUGUUGCCUAAUUUAUGCUUUCCCUCUUUCUGUAAAGGGCAUAUUGUACAUGCUCGUCGUCAGGAGCCUUUGUUGAAGCUAUUGUGUCUUAACUGUGUAGACCUCCUGAAGCUACUGACCGUGUUUAGGGGCUAAACAUGUCCGCACCAGAAGACCCGGAUAAAACAACCACCACGGAUGCGAGUGGUGGGGAUGAAGAAGAGGAAUGGCUGUACGGAGAUGAAACUGAGAGCAAGGAUGACGAUGAAGAAGCCAAACUGAAUGCUGCGAUCAGUGGGCACUCUGAAGCCCUACUUUCAACAGCAGAGGGAGGCACUGCCCAAGCUACAGGGAAUGGAAUGUCUGAGCCAUCUGGCGAGGCCGCAGGUGAAGAUGAAGACAGUGACAGCGACAGUGAUGAUGACGAUGAUGAUGUCCGUGUCACUAUUGGGGACAUAAAAACCGGGGCACCACAAUACACACCCUAUGGAGCUCCACCUGUUAACCUAAACAUAAAGACAACAGGCUCCAGGUCCUAUGGACAAGUGACUGCUAAAUUGAAGGGAGUAGAUAUGGAUGCUCCUGGGAACAUCAAUGGCGUUCCGGUACUAGAGGUGGACAUGGAGUCCUUCGAGGAGAAACCUUGGAGGAAGCCAGGAGCGGACUUGUCUGACUAUUUUAACUAUGGCUUCAACGAGGACACAUGGAAGGCCUACUGUGAGAAGCAGAAGAGGCUGCGCAUGGGCCUGGAGGUCACCACUCUUGGCUCGGUAACAAGCAAGAUCACUGUCCAGCAAGGCAGGACGGGCAACGAGAAGGACAUGUCCAGUCUGGCUGUCCACACUUCCAAGCCGGACUUCACUUCUCCAGCCAACAUUUACAAACCCAUUGUCAACCAGGUCAUCAGGAAGGCGAGUGGUACCAUCGACGUGAUUGGAGGACAAACGGCGACCAUCAGUAGGGUUGAAGGACGACGCAGACACAAUCUAGAGGGCAACAAUAUCCAAGUGAUCUCCGAACACUCGACGUCGGAUGCCGAACCGGCUCCGGCCAAGAUGCCUCCCUUCUUCCCCCCUGGACCCAUCCCGCCGAACAUCCCCCCUCCACCCUUCCUCCCCCCUCCCCCAAAUGUCAGCACUGCGCCCCCAGUAAUCCCUUUGCCAAGGUUGCCCAUCACUGUUCCUCCCCCUGGUUUUCCUCCCCCACCAAGUGGGCCCCCUCCAUCGCUCAUCCCCACUAUGGAUAGCAGCGGUCAUCCCACCGGUUAUGAUGGGCGUUCAGUUCCACCGUAUCCCUUCCCUCAAGGCACAUACCCUCCCCCCAUGCCCGGUGGCGUGGCCCCGCCUUGGCCUCCCAUGAUGGAUAACUCCAAACCCUGGGACUACUAUCCGCGACGUGAGGAGAAGAGGGAGAAGGAGAGGGAGAGACCUCGGGAGAGGACCCAUGAGCGGGAGAGAGAGAGGGAGCACAGCCCAUCAGUGAUGGGCUACACCAGUGAUGAGGAGCGGUAUCGUUACCGUGAGUACCAGGAGCGCAGCUAUGUAGAGCGGCAUCGUGACAGAUCGAGCCGAGAGAAGGAGGACAGACACAGAGAGAGGCGGCACCGGGAAAAAGAGGAGGGGCGCCACAAGUCCUCACGCAGCAGCAGUAGCAGGAGGAGACAUGACAGCGAGGAUGGCGACAGCCACCGGAGGCACAAACACAAGAAGAGCAAGAGGAGCAAGGAGGGCAAGGAAGCCAGUGAGGAGAUCAGUGUAGACCAAGAAAACCAGGAGACCAUGGAGAUGAAAAGUAAGGAAAGAGGGGAGCUUAGAUUGGGGGAAUCCAGGAAGUCAAAAAAAGAUAGCCUUACUCUCCCCCACUCCGUUCAUGUCCUUCCAAAAGGAGAGCAGAUGUCUAAGAGAAGGUGCAGCUUGGAGGCUGUGGAGUGAUGGCAGUUUUUUUUUCUAUACCUCCAUAUUCCUCACUUCCCUCUCUCUACUCUUCCAUCCUCGCCUUUGAUGAAAGAGGGCAUCGGUCUCUUCGUCAUUCGCCCCCUUCCUCUCACCUCAUCCACCUCUUCUCUCUCAAGACCACUGCUGUGAUGUUAGAUCAUGGUCAGGGAUCCUCUUUUUCCUUUUCACGUUUUAGUCAGAAUGAUCACCAGGUAUUGGUGUUUUGUGUAAUUUGUUGUCCCUUUAUUCUUGUCCUGUACUAAGACAUUUGCAGAAAGAUGUGUUAAAUUGGAUUAAAAAAAAAAGAGAGACCUUUUG